CAUCCAAAACAAAUGUGAAUCACGCGCACCAGUACAAGAGGGUUUCCCCGUGACACAGACCUGUAAUUCUUCCGGCUUAGUUUAUUAACUUACACCAUAUCGAAAGUCGCAAUCAUGUUAGGCGGUCGUGUACUGCUCCUAGUUUUGGUGACCAUAGGAAUAACAAGCGGAACCGAAGUGGAUGGAAAACCAAAACCCCCACCCCCCGUGAAUCCUUUCACCCCCGGGGACUCAAAGUGGUGCGCGUUUAAAAUGGGCGGGAAUGUGGCCCGUUUUGAGGUGCUUCCCGGCCUCGGCUGGGACAAUCUCCAGAAUAAGGACGCUGGGAUGCUGGUCCAGUACAACUACUCGGAGUGUCGGACGACGGACGACGGCCGGUACCUGAUUCCUGAUGGAGUCUUCACGGUCCCCCUCAAAUCCAGUCAGCUAGAGGUAUUCGGAGAACUGUUCCAGCACUGGAACAACUUUACAUCAACUACUUCCUCUUCCGUCAAUGUGGAGGCCGGACUACACCUUGGAUCCUUUGGAAUCAGCGGGAAAUAUUCUCACGAGUCGGAGAGCGUGCGUAAACACCAAAUAAUGGACAGGUCCGUGACGACGCGGGUACAGGCGCGGUACGCUCGCUACUCCGCCCUCCUACAGCCCGACACCCCCCUCAACCCGGCGUUCAGAGACCGACUCCGAAACAUCGCUUACUAUAUACAAACUAACAAAACCAACAUGGCCCGAUACCAGAGUCAACUGUUAGUGCGGGACUACGGAACCCACGUCAUUUCCAGCGUGCAAGCGGGUGCCAUCAUAUCUCAGCUUGACCAAAUUAAGACGACGUUCAGUAACAGUUACAGUAUGGAUCGCCGACAAGUCGUGGCCGCGGCCAGUGCCUCGUUUAUGAGCGUGUUUAACGUCGGCGCCGAGUACAAACACAGCACGUCUACUGAAGUCAUCGACCAGUAUCUAGGGAAUCGAACACACUCGGUAAUCAACGCGAUCGGUGGACUGGUUUUCCAACCGAACAACUUCACGCUGAAUCAGUGGGCCUCUGGUCUGAGCGGAGACCUGGUAGCGGUAGACAAGUCUGGAUACCCUAUCUACGAGCUGAUUUCCGCUCAGACACUUCCGGAACUCCCGCCUUCAAUCCUGUUUCCUUUGGUUCAAACCGUAAAGAGUGCGGUGGAGGAGUAUUAUAAAUUCAACAUCUACAGAGGGUGUACCAAUCUGGACUCGCCCAACUUUAGUUUUAUUGCGAAUGUGGACGACGGUACAUGCGAAAGUCCGGAAACCAACUACACGUUCGGGGGAGUUUAUCAGCAAUGCAAACAGUCGGGGCAACUCAGUCAGAAUCUCUGCAACGGACUUGUCCAGAAAAAUCCUCUCACUGGAGCUCAGUCGUGUCCGAGCGGCUAUGAGAGCGUUCUACUGAACGAAGGCACAAGAUCCGCCACCGAAAGCCGGAGAAGAUGUCAUCAUUGUGGAUUUUUGGGACUGAGACACUGCUGUGACAAUUACAAUGUCUACGGGAGCGCUAAAUAUCAGUCAUUCUGGUGCGUUGCGCAAGGUCACGUAGAUCAGCAAUCUGGAUUCCAGUUUGGCGGGAUAUAUACAAACAAGAUCGAUAAUCCGCUGACCCAGUCCCGCGGGUGUCCCCUCUAUUUCUACCCCCUGAAACUCGGUCUCGGUAUGCAGGUCUGUGUCAGUGAUGACUAUGAGCUAGGGUUUCGCUACUCCGUACCUUUCGCUGGUUUGUUUAGUUGUAUGACCGGAAAUCCACUCGCCGUUCAUCAGGAUACGUCGUUUAAAAAUCCAGAUAUGUUGCACUCUCUCUCCUCUUACCUUAAAGCGUCGAAUAACUGGCCGCGGGGUUGCCCGACUGGGUACAGCAUGCACUUAGCGACGAUAGAAAACUCCUGUGAAAUCAACUACUGUGUGAAAGCUAACGCCUUCUCCGACAAAGGACUUCCUCCCGUCAGACGUCCGCCAUUUAUGGAUUUGCCAGGAGACGCCUAUGUGGAUUCUGGAAUUUCCGAGGAAUACAUGAUCAGCACGGGCGGGGAGACUUGGACCGACUUGACUCUGGCGAACCAGCCCAAUUCCGCGGAAGAAGCAGACCGCGGGGGCGACUCCCAAGGGAACGAAGACGGUCUCUCUUCCGGUUCCACUGCAGCCAUCGCCAUAGUGAUCACCUUGGUUAUCUUGGCAACCGUAGCCAUGGUUACGGUCAUGUAUAGAAGACAUCAAAGGUCAAGACGCCCGUAUCACAGAAUGCCAAACCCGGAAACUGGUGCUGAAAAUCGGCGAGAAUACGGAGCGACUGGACACACUGAAGACUCCCCCCAAACAGCGUGAGCGGACUAAAUACACAAAGUCCUGGCCAAGGAGUACUGUCCUUUUACAAAAAUUUUAAGAAACAAAAUUUAUAAAUGAAAAUUGAUAGUCAUGUACAGACUUUGAUUUGCAAUCAUCUAACUUUGUACCUGACAGGACACAAUCAUAUAAUAUUUCUUCAUUUUUUUCUUUGCAGGGUACUUACUGUAGUUGAUUGAGUCGGGUUUUUUUAUGUGUUUUUUUUUGUUUGUUUGUUUGUUUGUUUUUUUGUUUUUUGGUUUUACUAAGUAUUUUAUUACUUUUUUUAGCCUUUUUUAAUCUGAUGAACAGUUCUGAUGACGCAAUGUGUUGUCUUUGUGAUAUCUGUAGAAUUUUGUGAUAUCUGUAGUUUGAAUACUAAUACCACACGAACAUUAACAGUUUUCUUGAAAUCUCACUUCAAAAGUGUUCAAGUCUUUACACAUUUCAUCAUUUGAUGUUUAGCUAAUGACAAUUGUCAAUGUUUACAUGCAAUCAAUUUAUAUUAAACGUUGUUUCAUUCAUA